UAUUUUCAUCAUCCUGGUUAACAUGUCAUUGAUAACAAACGGUAAACCCUUAGAAAAGUCCGAAGAAAAGCGUUGGCAAUCAUCAGACACUAUAAAUAUUCCACCACGGUUAAAAAACUUGUUAAGGCAACUGUUCAGCUCCAAUAUAGAUGAAGAACGAGAUGAAGAAGAUUCGUCCGAAAGGGUCGGGACGCAGGAAAAAAGGGGUUUUUCCAUAUUUGCCCGAAUGCGUCCCUUCAAUAGCGUAGUCAAACAGAGAACUUCGAUACGACAUCCUGGUAGAAGUAUUCUACCAUUCGAGUCGAUCAGUUCCGCCGACGUGGUGAGCGCGGAAAAGCACAACUUCCGGCCUGUUGGACAGCCGCUCCGAUGGGGUUAGCCUUAACCCUGUCUAUCCAACUACAUGAAAACCCUAAUUAGACUACCACUGUGCAUGCGUCGCGAACGGAACUGAUAAAAUUACUAUCGAAGGACUAAAUAUACAUAUACAUACAAAUAUUAUAUAAACACAU